AUGGCUACUUGGUGGCUUCGGAUACCAACUCGGCUCGAGAUACUUCUCCUCAUCCAGCAACACAACAAGCUCCGCCCUGCGACGAAUCAGCAAAUCGCAGUCACAAUGACCGGCGAGGAGACUUUCAAGCUGAAGAUACUUCAGCAAGAACUUAAUGCAACUAGGAAAGGCUACAAUGCUGUUCAGCGCCAAGCCCAUCGUCUCUCAGAAUCUAUCGAGAAAGUCUUGGCAUUCAACCCAAGUUCCGGAAGGGGCAAAUACGAUAUCGAUUCCUGCAUUGAGGCUGCACGAAAAUACUUGACAAAAUUGGAGGCUGAGAAGAGGAUUUCAGACGCAUUAGAAGAUGCGGUGCGGGGGGCAAAACAACUGGAGCAGGAGGCGAAUGAUAUCCAAGAAGAGCAAGAACAAGGAAGAUACAUUGAAGAUAGCAAGCGAAACACAUGUGCCAGGGAUGGGAACAAUGUCAGCGACCGAAUAACUUUUCAUACGAGAAUGCUAGGUUGCGAGACAGCUCAGGAAACUCCCAGAGCAAUUGCCAACGAGUCGUUCAGCUCUGACGACCAAGAAGUAUCCCAAGACAUCGGAAUUGCAGAUACGCCAACAGUCUUGCCGCAAUCAUCUUUCGACAUGGAGAUUUCUACCGACACGCUUCCAUUUCGACAAAAUGGGAACUUCAAGGCGAGCCAAGCCAUUCUUCGAAACCCCAUCGAGAACCUCGCAUCAGGAAAUACAACUUGGCAGGCUAGGAAGGGAAUCCUGCGCAAGGCGACGAGGGAGCCCAAAAGUAUCAUUUCUAAGGAAGUCGACUCCUCUAUUUUGACCUGGAAUCCUGGAAAACAGCAAACAGAACAAUGUUGCACGGAAUUAAAAGAAAGAGAAGGAAAGACAGGAAGCUCUUUGAGAGAGGCCCAGGAGAGAGCAAUGGCGUUAUAUUCGGAGGUGAAACAUUACACUUGA